AUGGACGACCUAUUUGCGCCAGAAUACGACGAUCAAUUUGAAGAAAUUGAAGCCGAGCGCCGCGCUCGUGCUCUUGCAAACCACCGCUCCCCGUCCGUGGAGAAAGAUGACUACAACCGCCCGCUCGCUGCUGCCGCGAGCUCUCGAGCGCGCGAGUACGACGACGACGAGGGUUUCACAGCUGUCAGAUUUGCAUCUGAGGGUGCUGCUGGUGGUAGUGGUGCGGUGGGAGGGAGUAGUGCAGCUGGGGGCGGACCGGAGGAGGUUGUUGCUGAUUUGGGAAUUGAUCAAGAAGUUCAAGUUAAGCAGGCGCGACGGCCGCAGGCGAAGCUGGACGCGAACAGGUUGCUUUCUGCGGAGGGAUUGCUUGAGAUCAGGCGCCGAGCUCCGAGGAUUAAAUUGAAGGGGAAAGGACAUGAGUACGGAGACCUAGGACGAAUAAUAGAAUGCUACAGAGUAUGGGCGCACCAACUCUUCCCCAAAGCCAAAUUCGAAGACUUCCUCGUCCUGACCGAAAAAGUCGGCCGCGAGAACCAAGUCAAAGCCGCGCGCAACGCGUGGAUGGACGAGUGGAAACCCAGCGUGCCGGAGCCGGCUGAGGAACAGUCAGACGAUCUAAGCGAGGACAGCGAGGCGGAGUUGAACGGGCCGCAGAGGUAUGAUGACGGAUCUGGGUUUGUGGUUGAUGAGCAGGCUGUUGAUGAUGAGGAUGGGUUUGCGGCGGGGGUGCGCGGGAGUGGGAAGCGGAAGAGGACGAAUACGCAGGGGUCUCAGAAUAUGUUUUUGAGCGGGGGAGAGUCUGAGGAUGAGGAUUUCGGGGCUAUAAGUAAACGGAUCAAUGACAAUACGCGCGAAAGAGCAGAGGAGGAUGGCGCUGUUGAAGGUCAUGCAGAGGCAGUAGCGCCAGCAGAGGCAGAGACCGCGGAGGAGGCUCAGGAUCAGCCGGUGUUUGUCUUGGAAGAAGGAGACAAAGAAGACGAUGAAGAGCAGCUUGCUGGUGCUGCGUCGCAAGAAGAGUCAGAGGGACAGAUUCAGAUGCCGUUCACGCUGGAACCAGAAGACGAUUCAGAGAUGCCCGAUGAUUCCACACAACCCGCUCAGCCUGCACAGAUAACAGAAGACCCUGGCUAUGGAGAUGAUGAUGAUGACUUGUAUGACUAG